CCGGCCGCUUCCUCCUUGAGAGCCGGUCCCGGCUCGCCGGGUGGGAGGUCAGAGAUGCUGCUGCACAGGCACAAGUUCCCGCUCCUCUGCUGCGGCUGCGGAGGAGCCGGCGGCGGCGUCGUUGCCACCGGCGUGGCCGCCCGAGGAGCAGCCCACGUCGACGACGACGCCGCAAAGAACACCGGCAACGGCAAGGGCGCGAGGCAGCUGUCGUGGGCGCAGGUGGAGGCCAUGACGGCGGGCUUCACGACGGCCGUGGUCGGCGAGGGCGGCUUCAGCACCGUCUACCUCGCGCGCCUCUCCGCCGGCGGCUCCAAGCCCCAGCUGGCCGCCGUCAAGCUGCACCGCAGCUGCAGCGAGCGCCUCCGCCGCGCCUUCCGGCAGGAGCUGGACGCGCUGCUCCGCGUCCGCCACCCGCACAUCGUGCGCCUGCUCGCCUUCUGCGACCAGCGCGACGAGGGCGUGCUCGUGCUCGAGUUCGCGCCCAACGGCAACCUGCACGACAACCUCCACGCUGGUGAAGGCAAGCAGGUCAUACCGAUGCCGUGGGCUCGGCGAGUGGCGGUGGCGCUGCAGGUGGCCCGCGCGCUGGAGUACCUCCACGACCGGUGCGAGCCGCAGGUGGUGCACGGCGACGUGAAGGCCUCCAACGUGCUGCUGGACGCCGCCAUGGGCGCCAGGCUGUGCGACUUCGGGUCGGCCCGCGCCGGGUUCUCGGCGUCGGCGUCCGUCCGCCCGCCUCGGGCCGUGUUGGGCUCGCCGGGGUACGUGGACCCGCACUACCUCAGGUCCGGCGUGCUCACCAGGAAGAGCGACGUGUACAGCUUCGGCGUGCUGCUCCUCGAGCUGCUCACGGGCACGCAGCCAUUCCACGACGGCCGGCUCCUGACCUCCGCCGUCGUGCCGAUGAUCAAGGCCGGCUCGUGCGACGUGGGCAAGCUCGUUGACCAGAGGUUGGGGUGCCAGUUCGACGUCGCACAGGCAGCCACCAUCGCCUCGUUGGCGGCAGAGUGUGUCAUGGAGAACCCGACACUCCGGCCGUCCAUGGCAGAUGUGGUCCGGGCACUGGAACAGACCUCGGUGGCGCGCCGGUAGAUGAUCGACGGCAAAGGCAAAGCCGUGAGACGUGCUCGGCAAGAGGAAGUAGAGUGGACCCGCACGAUGGAUGCAUAGAUCCGACGUGGAGGGCACUGUGACCGUAGGAUGCGGGCGAGAGAUGCCGUGUCGUGGAACGAACAAAUUGCGAAGCAAUUGGGUUGGUGAGGAGCAAGUGCCCGUGGUGGAGAGUACCAACAGAACAAAGCAAAUAAAAAUGGUUGGUCUGGAUAGGGACCUGAGAAGAGGAGAAUAACAUUAAGCUCUAGGAUUAAAUUUUUUGUGCAGAUUUCUUUCUGUUUCGUUUUCUAAUCUCGUGGUGAUCAUGAGAUCUUGUACCUAAUGUAGAGUAGUGGUGAUCAUUUCUCAAUACAACAUUGGUUCCAACUUCCAUGAAAAAAGGAAAAAA